AUCGUCAUUAAGAGUCAAAUAAGGAAGAGAAAAGAGAUUUUUUUAAUUUCUCCUUCUAAAAUAUUUUUUUAAACUAAAUUUUUUCCAAAUUUUCAUCUCGUAUUUUUGUGUAAAAUCAUGAAAUUUCAUAAUUCGUUCGGGAUUUAUUUGUUUUUAAUAUUUUUUAUCAAAUAUCAAUGCAGAGCCAACGUACUUGCCGAAAAAGACGAACCGUUGAAACACGACUUUGAUAUAUUUAUAUUUACACAAAGUUGGCCCGUGAGCGUUUGUUUGAAAUGGAAGGAAAAAAGUCACGCAAAUCAAUGUACGUUACCGUCGCCAAAGGAAAUUUGGACAAUUCAUGGUAUUUGGCCCACGAAACUCAACACAAUUGGUCCGAACUUCUGUAAUCACUCGGAUCCGUUCGAUAUAAACCAAAUAAAGCCUAUUCAAGGGCAAUUGGAGCAAUUUUGGAUGAAUGUCGAGAAAAACACGCCUUUGGAGCAACUUUGGAGUCACGAAUGGGAAAAACAUGGAACGUGCGCUGCUCAACUUCCAUCUCUCGACAAUGAGAACAAAUAUUUUGGACAAGGCCUGAAAUGGUUGCAAAAAUAUAGCAUGUCUUCGUUAUUAUCACAAGCAAAUAUUCAACCUGGAGGUGCUUAUAAUCUCACCGAUAUUUACGAUGGACUCAAAUCUGAGCUUGGAACUGAUUUUGCUGUUGAAUGCAUGUUCGAUCGACAAUCCGGAAAAAGUUAUCUCAUCGAAAUCCGAAUUUGUUUCACAAAAGAACUCAAUUUGACGGAUUGCGAUGGUAUUUUACUCAAUAACAACAGCAGCAAAGGAUGGCAGAAAGUCAAGAACAUCAUAACGAACUGCAAUGUUCAUAAAGAGAUCGAAUAUCCGAGUGUCGUACCGCGAAAGUACGAAGAGGAAAAUAGCGGAUGGAAAUUUCCGUUUGUUAACUUGUACAAAUUGGUUAAGAUGCUGCAAUGGAUCACGCUGUAACGUGAAGAAAAAGCAAUCAACUCAAGACUGGAUGACACACGCAAAAAGUUUCUACUACUUAGGUUUAAUGUCUCUUAGGAAAUAAACGAUUUCGGGUUUGUUAUGUAAAAAUAA